UGAUUUAUUUUGCGGUUGUUGGGGCAAAGUAUUGCCCACGGAGACUCCGGGCUGCGAGUUAUCUCAAAAAAUAAGCGGCGGUCAUAAUAAGGAGUGGAGAGAGUGAGUGAGAAAAAAUUAUAGCGUCCUUUCUGUGAUUCGUGAAUAGAGUAAUUACAAAGUGAACGUGAUAAAUCGUUUAAAAGGUACGCGUAAGCGUCGUUCCAAUACGAUGAACGUCGCCGUGACAGAUUCCUACGCGGUAGUUUCGUAUUCGUGAAAUUUUCGGUGUAAUUCUGCACCGGAAAAUAAACUAACCUACAAUUUCGUGUGUGAUACGAUCAUAAAACAUAAUCUCAACGAAAUGGCGGUUGGCUCAACGAAAGUCGUACAAGUUACGAAUAUCGCACCUCAAGCAACCAAAGAUCAAAUGCAAACACUGUUUGGUUAUUUGGGCAAAAUUGAGGACAUUCGGCUGUAUCCAACUAUUCGGGACGUCGCUGUGCCUGUUCAGUCCCGAAUAUGCUACAUCAAAUUUCACGAUCACAGUAGCGUCGCCGUUGCUCAACACAUGACUAACACUGUUUUCAUCGACCGGGCCCUUAUUGUUAUACCUUAUCAGAAUGGCGAUAUUCCGGACGAACAAAGAGCACUUGAACUUACGAACAAUGGCACAGUCGUUCCAGGAUUAUAUCCAUCGGAACCGAAACUGCCUCCAAAUGUAGUGAACGCGAUAGAAGGAAUACCUCCAAAUCAUGUAAUAGCUACGAUCGAUCCAAAAUUGGAUGCAAAUGGUUUACCAGCAUAUCCUCAUCUCCCGGGACACUUGGACAGUCGGAGGAUCGAGGAGAUAAGGCGUACCUUGGUAGUAGGAAAUCUCGAUAUUUCGGUAUCGGUAGAGCAACUGUUGGACUUUUUUGUGAGCAACGGUGUUGAGAUUAAGUAUCUUAGAUUAUGUACUCGUGAUUCUGACACUGAGCAUUACGCACUUCUGGAAUUAUCGGAACAGUCGAGCGUGGUUUCGGCAUUGCAAUUGAACGGUAAAUUAUUAGCGGAAAAGCCGAUAAAACUGUGCCAUUCGACACAAGCGAUAGCGAAACCGGAAGCGAAGAGCAAUGAAGCCGCGCAAAAAGAGAUCGAAGAGGCGAUGUCGAGGGUAAAGGAAGCUCACAACUUGAUAUCAGCAGCGAUCGAUCCAGUGAUCGGAAUGUUAUCGAAGGACAAGAGGAGUCGUAGCGGUUCGCGGAGUCGCAAGUCACGAUCGCGUUCGAGAGGGCGCAGUCGACGUUCGAGAUCGCGCAAACGAUCGCGCUCUCGUCACAGAAGAUCACGUUCGCGGCAUCGUCGCAGAUCCCGAUCACGAUCGAAACGUUCACGAUCGAAAGAACGUCGAAGAAAAUCGGCUUCGCGGAGGCGAAGUAGCUCGAGGAGCCGUCAUCGUUCUAGGUCAAGGUCACGAAGAUCCAGAUCGAGACGCUCUCGGACGCGAUCGAAGGAUCGGAAGAAGAGAUCGUCGCCGUCGUCCCGUCGUAGAAGUCGAUCAAGAUCGCGCAGCAAACGCUCCAAAUCGAAGACGCGUCGCUCCAGAUCGAAGUCCAAAUCUAGAUCCUCCAAAUCUAAAUAUUCGGAAAAGAGCAGGGACAAAGAAAAGCGUGACAAAGACAAAUCAGACAGUAAUGGAAAAAAAAGCGACGGGGAUAAAGAUCGAAGCGAAAAAAGCGAUCGGGGAGAACGAAGCGAGAAAAAAUCGAGCAGAGAUAAAAGAGCGGAUAAGGAAUCUAAGUCCGAGGAAAAGUCACGAGGCGGAGGAUCUGAUUACAGCGAUAGCAAGGACAAAACAGAGUCCGAAAAUUGAUUCUUUCGUUCUUUUUUUUCUUCCAUUUAAUUCCUAUUCAAUAAGCUCCUUUGCGAAUUUGAGGUCGAGUCAUGUAUUGGCGUAAUCGUCCCAAUAAAAUAAUAAUGAUAUUUA